GGAUACACAAGGGAAGGAGCCCACUCUUGUGCUCUAUAGGGAGCAGGAGACGGCGCAGCGACACCACAGUUCCUCUCCUCGAGAGUUCUUUGUCGUCUCAAGUCCAUGGCCUCCCUGCGUUGAAGAUGCCAAGAAUCUGGUGCUGCUGCAUCUGCAUGCAUGCCUAACUUAUCAAGAGUAAUGCUCUUCUUCGUAACAUGGCAGCUAAAUAGUGGAGGACUCGUAUCACCAGGCAACAACUCUGCUAUCUUCUCUUCAUUUGUUCUCAUUUCUCAACGAGUAUAAGUAUCAACCCUUCACACUGUAAGUCUUCCGACUGAUCGAGCGUUCUCUAAGUUUUCUCCCUUUGUGCUUGAAGUCCCUUUCGUUAUCCGUACGUCAGAGUCCAGGCUACAACUUGAUGAACUGUUAAUAUAUUUCUGGCAGCAGAACAGGGCUCUUCUUCAAGUAUGUAUAAGCACAACAAAUGAUCAUGCAGAAUUUGAACAUGCUGGGUUCCAUCAUUUUACUACUUGUCUUCCCUAUCCUGCUCCUGCCCACAGUUGUCGCCUAUCCCUCCACUACAUCUCACUCAAAUCUCUGGAACAUAUCUAGUAUGCAAAGCAGAGUAGCCAUGGCACGAAAUUCCAGUGCCCUUGUCAUUCUUGAGAGUGGCAGUGCCUCAUACCAACUUUAUUUUGGCUUCUACUCCAAGGACGGCCAUGCAUUCACUCUCUCUGUCUUGCUUAUAGGGCCCCAGGAUCCAGUCAUUUGGUCUGCCAACCCUGAUGAUCACGUAAGCCAGAAUGCCGUGUUGAACUUCACCGACAAUGGGAAUAUGCUGCUCAGCGAUGGGGAUGGCACCGUGAUCUGGUCAACAGCCACAAAGAACAAGUCAGUUGCGGGCUUCAGGCUAGACGUUUCAGGAAACCUUGUGUUAUUUGAUCAGAGUAACUCCCCUGUUUGGCAGUCGUUUCACCACCCAACAGACACAUUAGUACUGGGACAAUCGCUCUGCAGGGGCAUGAACAUAAGCGUAAAACCCUCCAACACAAAAUGGCCUUCUGCUCGGAUUUAUCUUUCUGCAGAGUUUGAAGGACUGCGGUACUCAUACCAACCAGCAUCCUAUUCACAAUUGUUCACUGAAGUUGCUAGCACGACAUCAAACUGUUAUGUAUUUGUCAAUGGAAGCUUUGGGUUCCCAAAUCAGGUUUUCUCGCUACCGCUAGCAAGAUCAUUGCAAUUCAUGCGGUUAGAGUCCGAUGGGCAUUUGAGGCUUUAUAAGAUGCAGGGCUACUCAAGCCCACAACUUCUGUCCGAUGUAUUAAGCACAACCAUGAAAUUCUGUGAUUACCCAUUCGCCUGUGGUGAUUAUGGUGUUUGCAGUGGUGGACAGUGCUCUUGCCCUAGUUUGAGCUACUUUAGGUCAAACAAUGAACGGCAUCCAGAAGCUGGUUGCACGCUCUUAACAAGCAUCUCCUGCAACCGUGCGCACAACCAUCAGUUGCUACCACUGGACAACGUUUCUUACUUCAGUGACAACAUGUUCCGGUCAUCGGCCGCUUCAAGUCCCUCAGAAGAGGUCUGCAAGCAAGCUUGCUUAAUGGAUUGUGCUUGCAGAGUUGCCAUUUUCCAGUAUUCCGGAGUUAGUAAAUACAGUAAUGGUGGUUACUGCUUGUUGUUAUCAGAGCAAAAGCUAAUUUCGCUGGCAGAAGGUUCGUCCGACGGACUUUCAGCAUACAUCAAGAUACAAGGCACACGAUCAAUCAAAAAGAGGAUCACAACUAUAGUUUGUUCAGUAAUUGCAGGUUUGUCUGCACUAGGAAUCCUGUUCUCCGCCAUCAUAUGGAAAAUGUGCAAGAAAGAGGAAGAAGAACUCUUUGAUAGCAUACCUGGGACACCAAAGCGUUUCUCCUUUCGCGAGUUGAAGGUAGCUACCGGCAACUUCUCUGUGAAGCUUGGGAGUGGUGGCUUUGGGUCAGUCUUCAAAGGCAAGAUAGGAAGGGAAACGAUCGCUGUCAAACGUUUGGAAAGUGUUGAGCAAGGAACCGAGGAGUUCUUAGCGGAGGUCAUGACAAUUGGGAGAAUGCAUCACCAUAAUCUUGUCAGGUUGAUAGGAUUUUGUGCGGAGAAGUCGCACAGGCUUCUCGUCUACGAGUACCUGUGCAACAGUUCAUUGGAUAAAUGGAUCUUUCAUGCAUGUUCAGUUUUCACUUUGUCUUGGAAAACCAGACGUAACAUCAUAAUUGCCAUAGCCAGGGGUUUAUCUUACCUCCAUGAAGAAUGCAAGGAAAAGAUCGCCCACUUGGACAUCAAGCCACAGAACAUUCUCCUUGAUGAUAGGUUCAACGCAAAGCUCUCUGAUUUUGGACUGUCCAAAAUGAUAAACAGAGACCAGAGCAAAAUUAUGACUCGAAUGCGAGGCACGCGUGGAUACCUAGCUCCCGAAUGGCUUGGUUCGAAAAUCACUGAGAAGGCUGAUAUUUACAGCUUUGGCAUUGUGGUGAUGGAAAUCAUUUGUGGCCGAGAAAAUUUGGACGAAUCGCUGCCCGAGGAAAGCAUUCACCUGAUAAGUCUGCUCGAAGAAAAGGCAAGAUCUGGUCACCUGGUCGAUUUAGUGGACAGUGGCAGCAAUGAUAUGCAAUUUCAUAUGGAGGAGGUCAUGGAAGCGAUGAGGCUUGCGAUGUGGUGCUUACAGGUUGAUAGCAGCAGAAGGCCCUUGAUGUCGACGGUCGCAAAGGUGUUGGAAGGCGUGACGAGCUUGGAGGCUGCACCCGACUACAGCUUUGUCCCUAGUUUUGCAUCCAAUGGUGCUGGUGUUGCAGGGCCAACUUCUUCCUAUGUGCCAUCAGAAUCACAUUUAUCAGGGCCUAGAUGAAAGCUUACUUCUGCUUUCCAUUUGACUACGACGGUAGCUUUUGCUGUUUGGCAUCCUUCCAUUCUGCCAGUAUUCAUGACUCAUAAUAUUUUCUAGUGUGUAUCUCAAACAAGCAUCUUGAGAAAUCAAGGCAAAAGACAGAUGGCGAGAUAACCUAUUCUUUGCACAUUCUCACAAUAAUAAAGAAUAUUUAUAUAUCGUA